AUGAUUUAAAUUUAUUAAAGAAAUUUAUUUAUAAAAAUAGUAUUGAUUAAUAAAAUAUAUUAGAAUUAGUGCUAAGAAUCUAAAAUUUAAAGUCAUAUGAUUUCACAAAAGUAAAAUUUUUUAAGUUUACCUAUUAAUACAUUAUACAUCAUACUAUCAUAUUUACCAAUAAGAGAUAUUUAUAAGAGAAUAGCUAGACUGAAUAAAUAGGCGAAUUGUAUAGUCAAUCAAGAAGGUUUCAAACAAUCAUUAUAAAGAUUGUAUUUUGGUAAUUCAAAUAAAAAUAUACAUCUAUCUUAAGCUAAUUAGAUAGAAUUACCAUUUUUUGGAUUUGAAACAGAUGGACGUAUGAAUUGAAUCAAUUAUUUUAGAUUGUCCAAAUCCUGAAUAAUGGAUUGAUAUACUAUUUAUGAAAACAUCUAAUAGUUAAAUCAAACUAUAAAAUUGUAAUUAUAUUAAGGGAUGUCUUUCAAAAAAGAAUAAAGAAUUUAAAAAAAAAGUGAAAGAAUUUCUUGGUCUUAUAAAAAAGUAUUUACCACCAAAUACAUAUGAAAAGUAAAGAUUUUAUGAAGUUCAAGUGGCUUAAAUUUAUGAAAUAAGUCAUCAAUUAAGUCAGAAAGUGUUAAAUAUUGUAAAUUAAGAAGAGAAGCAAUAUGCUACUGAUAUAAUGAGUUUUUUUUGGAAUAGAAUACGUUUAAAUUAGUAAUUAAUAUAAAGACGUGAACUUUAAUAACCAUUAUAAUCAGAUUAUUAAGGCAUAAUUAAAGUUAUAAGAAUAGGAAUUGAAAAAGGAUAUACAAAAAUGUCAAAAGUAAUUCUUAUUAGUACAAAUAAUGAGAAAGACAUUUCUAACAAAGUUGUAUUAAGAACUAAUAUGUCUGAAUACAAGUUGAUUGCAAAGUAAUAUUCAAUAAAGGAAUAAUAUAAAUUCGGUUAUUGCAUAUUUAAAUAAAAUUAAGGAGUUCUUGCUUUAAUAGAUUUAAAAGAGGAAACUCAAAUAGAAUUGAAGUUCUAUAAUCAUGAAACUUAAAUAGUUUCUGAGAUCCAAGUGUUUAUUUUAGAUUUCAAAUAAUCAAAUGAAGGAUAAAUAGGAUAGGCAUUUUAAUACAUAACUGCUUCUGGAUAUCUAUUAGUAAAAUGAAUCUAAAUUUACUAAUUAAUAAA